CAGCUCCCAGCACCCUUAUCUCCCAACUUUACCAACCCACCCAAUCCACCUUCAAAAUGACUGGCGGCAAAUCCGGAGGAAAGGCCAGCGGCUCCAAGUCCAGCGCCCAGUCCCGUUCCUCCAAGGCAGGUCUCGCCUUCCCCGUCGGUCGUGUCCACCGUCUUCUCCGCAAGGGCAACUACGCCCAGCGUGUCGGUGCCGGUGCUCCCGUCUACCUUGCUGCCGUCCUUGAGUACCUCGCGGCCGAAAUCCUCGAGUUGGCUGGCAACGCCGCUCGCGACAACAAGAAGACCCGUAUCAUUCCCCGUCAUCUUCAGCUCGCCAUCAGGAACGACGAGGAGCUGAACAAGCUUCUCGGACACGUCACCAUUGCCCAGGGUGGUGUCCUUCCCAACAUUCACCAGAACCUCCUGCCCAAGAAGACAGCCAAGCCUGGCAAGGGUCCUUCGCAGGAGCUGUAAGCGCAUUUUGCGUUUGAGUUCUUGCUUCAUCGGUGUUUCUUCAUGGGUCUUUUCGUCUGCAAUGAUAAUGGGAGUCUGACUGGGUUUGGGUUCACGGCUUUUCACGGGGUUAUACCAGAGCUGUAUAUUAGCUGGUCGCAUUUUGGCCAGAUGCUCACGAGCUGAAUAAGGCGAUAUCACUUCA